AUGCACUUUGAGAGGACCAUUACAACUUUUCUAUCUAGGCGAGAUGAUCAUACAAGACCCCAUAUUUUAAAUCAGGAUGGAUCGCAGAACUUUCAGGACGCAAAAACAUACCAAGGUGACUUUCCUUCCACGACACAGCAAAGUACUCCUCUUCCUACUAGCCAACCAUGGAAGUAUCCAAUGAUUGAUCGCACGGUGUUGGACAAGCUGGACCUAAUGCACGAUUUCUUCGCGCAAGACCAUGGCCCUUUUCACGACCAACAAAAAGACACGUUGCGAGAAACUCGUUUGCGUUGGCCGCCUGUCAUCACACGCAUCCCCGAACGCCCAUCUCGCCCGCCUAUCAGCAUUGGGGUUGGAUCACCAAAUGGCGACGGUCAGACUCGCCCUCCACAGGCUUUGGCCAGCGACGAGCCAGCAAUCUGUGACUCUUCCGGACAUCCACGCCCAUGCCGUUUUCUUCUCCCGCUGCGCAUCGCCGAACAGGAGUCCAAAGCGCGGAUGCACAUCACACAGCUUGCCGAACUUGCACGGCGGCUCAACCGCACACUUGUGUUGCCCAACGUCGGCAAGAGCAAGAUCGGCGCGUGCUUCAGAUGGCCGUUCUCCGUGUACUAUGAGCCUUCGUCGAUAAAUUUGGACGAUGCAUGGCGGGCGGGCGUGGACGCAGUUGUAGAUGACGCUCACGACAAGGGAAAGGAAUCGUACGUCGAGCUGGAAUCGUUCCACGCUUGGAUGGAGAGUUACGCCAGAAACAAGCGAAGAGAGUCACUAAAAUCCCAGCUCGUAUCCAUCGCACCGACAAUCCUGUCCUCAGGCCUGCGCGACGAGACGAUCUACGCCAACACCGACGUCGCAGUGCAUGCCUAUAGCACCUUCGGUGCAUGGGAACGCGACCUACCAGGAUGCUUCUCCACCAAAUUUCACCACCUCCGCCUCGAAACCAGACCAAUUUACAUUUACCCAAUAACGGCGGCCCAGCCAGCUAAAAAAGACGGAAGAGAUAAAUUCCUCGGCGACUCGAUCGUAGACGCGUUAUCUACCAUUUCUUCAGGAACCUCGGGUGAACCACCGGUUCUAGUCGUGAACUGGGACAUGCGCUACCCCGUCUUCGCGCCACCCCCACCGCACGCCACCAUCAUCAACAAAAACGCAUACUCCUCUCUACAAUAUUCAGCCAAAAUGCACGAUCUUGCCAAACAAUACGCACCCGCAGGACCCUAUCUCGCCAUACAAUGGCGGAUGGAAACCGUCGAUGUUCACCUUCUCCAAGAUUGCGCCCAUGCCCUGGUCGACGUCCUUGUUCGGGUCCUUCAUGAUCCAUCUCUGUCAGAGAAUGUUACCACUGUGUGGUUCGCAACUGACUAUCCGUACCCUAUUGCCAGACGUACAAAGGCAGGUUCACGUCCACCAAUGAUAUCGGCAAAGUCUGGGACAUUUCGGGAUUUUGACAUAUUGCAUGAGAAUGCCAUUGAAAUUCUAAGGAAAGCUUUCGAUAAGCAGGGAGAAUUGCAUGAAUGGAAAUUGACAGACUUUGCCGAAGCAAUUGAAAACGACUCAAAACCGCAAAAUGAGCUUUUGCAUGAUACUGGAGUUCUUGGAAUCCUAGAUAAACUGGUUAGUACAAACGCUGCGAUAUUCGUUAGUGGGUCAAGCAGAUGCAGUCGCAAAAGGUGUGUCUCAGAUUUAACUUCAAGUUUAGUUGGAGUACUCAUGUGA